CACGAGUUCACUUCUGUCAGUUUUCUGUCAAAUAGGUCCAAAAUCCGAAUAAAUCAGAUUUUAAAAUUAUUAUUUAUUUUAAUUUUUUUCAAGUACAAUGCAUUUUUCUAAUUGAAAUGCUCGUAAUGUAGGUAUCACCAUAUCAUUCUCAAUUAAAAUAAUUGAGGUCCCAAUGUAAAAAAUUAAGAAUAUGACCGAAGCUGUGUAUCUCCCAUAUGAUGUUUUGGAAUUAAUAUUCAGAAAAGUGAACGGACUUACCCUUGGAAGAUGCAGACGAGUUUGUAAAUAUUGGAAAGAAUUCAUAGACAGUUCGGAAUAUUUGUGGCGCCAAAAAUGUCGAAAUGAGUUCAAACACGCGUCGAGAAUAGCCAAAAGAAAAUGCGGCCACCAAUGCAACUGGUAUCAUAUAUACCGAAAUCUCUGCCAAUGGUCCGAUUUAAAAAACUUCGACUUGGAAUUAAAGGAGUUCUACAAAUUUUCCCAUAAAGACAACCUUCACAUUCUAGACAUAGAUCAUGGGCUGUUGCCUCUGAGAGGUAAUCGUGGUACAGUUCUAUAUGACACUAGCACUUUGGAAAACAUCACUGUAUGCGUCUCCAUACCAGACCGCGAUUGUUUGAAAAUUGCUAACAAUGACAAUGUGACUAUCAUACAAGUAAAAUCUGGUGUAUUCAUUGAACGUACAGCAGAUGACCCAGAUUUCGUAACCGAAGCGUUUAUAAAUGGUGACGGCUUUGCCCUCACUGAUAACUAUUUAUUUGUAUACAUUAAUAAAGAUAUUUAUUCAUUAGAUUUGAGGUAUCGCAGUUUGUCACCUAAUUUUAUCAUGUCACUAGAAUACAGUAUUAAAGAAAUGGUUUACAGUGACAAUGCGUUGCAUUUAUUUAUUGGUUACGGGUACAUUGUGAGCUUAUUGUGGGAUCCAAAUAGUUGUUGUUGGAAACCAUCAUCAUUUAAGCCUAUAGAUUGCCCUGUGGAAUGGAUCAAACAAAUCAAACAUAUAUGUGCAGCUGACAAUCGAAAUUAUGUAUGCUAUUCACGCAAUCUAAUAAAGAUUCAGGUAGAAAAAUACAAACACCUUUAUUUGGAAUUUCCUACAAUAACAGCAUUGUUCUUCUAUGUGGAUAUUACCAUAUUUGGCACACAAACUGGAGAAAUUUUGCUAUAUAGAUUAUCUAGUCAAGCCCCAGGCCGUAAUAGGCCAACAUUUGAAACUCUUAUCAGGUUACCAGAAGGAGAAGUUGCUUUACAACUCGAUGUCUGCGAAAGAAGAACUGGCCCUUUGAUUGUAAUAUCAACAUGUUACAAAUUGUAUGUCAUAGAAGCUCCCUUUUUUCCUGACGAACAACAGACCACUGAGUCAUCUUUCACAUCUGAAAAGCUAAAUAUGUACAAAAGGAUGCGGAAAUUAAAAGAAUGGAUGAAAAUAUCUAGUAACAAUAAUAGUUCGCAGGCAUGCAAAACAAAAGAGUAAAUUUAGUUGGCUGGCUUGUUUACUAAGACAAAAAUAAUGAAAGAGAAAAAAAAGGUAGUUAAUAGGAAGUUCAUUUAUAGCAUAGUACAUCAUGUACUUGGGCACUCAAGAGAUAACACAAGUAUUUGACUGUAACUACGAUGGCCACCUAUUAUGAUAACAUUUGAGAGGUUUCAAUAGUUUAUCAAAAUGGUAUAAAUAUAACAAAACAAACAACAAUCUAGCCAUUUACUAAAAUGAGUUUAAUAAACAAAGUCGUUAUAAUAACAGGCGCCGCUUCAGGCAUCGGUGAGGGCAUUGCCACUCACUUCGCGAAACUAUCUGCAAGACUUGCUCUAAUAGAUAUUGAUGUAGAUAAACUACGUAAAGUUGCAGAGCAAUGCGAAAAUUUGAGCAAAGCAAAGGUCCUUGGAGUCCCUGCAGAUGUAUCCAAAGAUGGAGAUGUAAAACGUGCUAUAAGUGAUAUAAAACACGAAUAUGGGAAGAUCGAUGUAGUGAUAAACUGCGCGGGUAUAGCUGGCUAUAAUAGAAAUAUCUUAGAUGCAGAUCUAUUGAGUGAGUUUGAUAAAGUUAUAAGUGUCAAUCUACGAGCUAUGGUUGCUGUAACUCAUUAUGCAGCUCCAGCAUUGAUUGAGAGCAAAGGGUGUAUUGUUAAUAUAGCCAGCGUGAUGGCUAGAAUGUCUUGUAAAAGUGCUAUAUCGUACAACAUAUCAAAAGCUGGAGUAGCUCACUUUACGAGAAAUGCUGCUUUGGAUUUCGCGGAUAAAGGCGUGCGAGUCAACUCCAUAUCACCUGGUCCAGUUGAAACGAAUCUUUUGAUAAAUUCCGGAAGCAAUCAAGUAGAAAAUGCUAAAACGUGGGAGACUUUAGCUAAAACAACGCCGUUGCAGCGUAAUGUUCAUGUAAUGGAGAUAGCAGCAAUGGCUGCUUAUUUGGCAAGUGACCAAGCUAAGGGCAUAACUGGUUCAGAUUUUAUAAUAGAUUGCGGUUUCAUAUUGUCAGGGACGGUUAAUGCAACAUUUCUUCGCAACGAUGGACAUCAAAAAUAAUUACUGAUACAAAAGAUAGUUCUGUUGACCGAUUUCCUACUUUAUUUAAAAAACAAAUUCACAUAUCAUAUUAACAGACUUUAAGUUUUCUUUGUUUUUGUCCAAUUGUUGUUCGAUUAGCUGCUUAUCAGCAAUUUUAAAAAUUUUCGUUUUUAUUUCCUAAAAUUCUGGAUAGAUUUACUGUUACCAUGCAAGUUAGGUCGCGCCAAACUUCAAGUCUACUCUGAACACGAGGUGUGUGAUUGAGCAAUAAACGAAAGCAUUUCCCAGACGAGUUAAUUAUUGCUGUGCAGUUGAGAGUGUUGCAAUAUCUAAGCAGACUCGAUGUUUGGCGCGACCUAUCUACGAGUAAUAAAGUAAAAUGUAGAAAAAUAUUUAUAUGUAUAAUAGGUAUAAUUUUCUUUACCAAUAAAUUUAUUUUUUCUUUACCAAUAAAUAAAUUUAUAUUUAAUAUAAAAUUCUAAAACUGUCAAAGCAAAAUUGGCCAGUUUUUAAGUGAAAUUUUCUGCGUCCUUUUAUUAUAAGAGGUCAAUGAUUACUGAUGCGUUCUUUUAUUAUAAGAGGUCAAUGAUUACUGAUGCGUUCUUUUAUUAUAAGAGGUCAAUGAUUACUGAUGCGUUCUUUUAUUAUAAGAGGUCAAUGAUUACUGAUGCGUUCUUUUAUUAUAAGAGGUCAAUGAUUACUGAUGCGUUCUUUUAUUAUAAGAGGUCAAUGAUUACUGAUGCGUUCUUUUAUUAUAAGAGGUCAAUGAUUACUGGGUAUGACGUGACAAGUCCCGGGCCCGUAAAAAUGAUAAAAUUGUUAUUGUAUCAGCAUUUAUUAUGGACUAGCGGACGCCCGCGACUUCGUCCGCGUGAAAGUCGUUGUAAACUUUCAAUUAACUAUCCCCCCCCCCCCCAGGGACCCCUAUCCUACCCUACCCUAACGUACCUCUACCCUACCCCUACCCUACCCUAUCCCAACCCUACCCCUACCCUACCCUACCCCUGCCCUAACCCUACCCUACACUACCCCUACCCUACCCCUACCCUACCCUACCAUACCCCUACCCUACUCAUUAAGGCUGCACUUCUUUAUUUAUUCCUCCCACCGCGAGUCGCGUCGAGCGCGGCAACCGUUACACAAAAAUAAUCCUUAAUGCAUGAAUUAGUAUUCACGCGCGAUGGCUUAGCGUAUUUCAUGUAUAACUUUGUUGUUUCUUUACCGAUUUUUAUGAUUCUUUUUUUAUCGAAUAGGUAACUUUCUUAUUUGGGAUGAGUGAUGAAUGUCAUAAACAUAAGAGUAGACAACUAUAAUUAGAAAGCUCCGAACUGCUAAGCUAUCGGGAGUUACACGUGUUAUUGUGAGUCAACCAUAAAAGAUAGACAUAUAUAUGCUGUUGUGUUUUUAUAGAUAAUUUUAAGGAAAACAUUUCCGCCAUACAUGAUUUCUAUGUAGCUUUUACCAUUAAGGCAGUACACGCGACGGAAGCUUAAAAAAUUGAGUAACUUCUCCCGUUUUCUCAACAUUUCUCUUCACUGCUCUGCUCCUAUUGAUCGUAGCGUAAUGAAAAGUAUACUAUAACCUGCCCAGGAGUAUGUUGAAUAAUUGUACCAAGUUUCGUUUAAAUCCGUCCAGUAGUUUUUGUUUCUAUAAAGAACAUACAGACAGACAGACAGACAGACAGACAGACAGACAGACAGACAGACAGACAAAAAUUUUACUGAUUGCAUUUUUGGCAUCAGUAUCGAUCACUAAUCACCCCCUGAUAGUUAUUUUGGAAAUAUAUUUCAUGUACAGAAUUGACCUCUCUACAGAUUUAUUAUAAGUAUAGAUAUUGAAUUUGUUAUUAUUGUAAUUUUUUUGUUGUUAUUUGAUGUUUUUGUUAAAGUUUGCCUUGGUUUCUGUUUCCAAUAUUAUAAAUUGUUAUUAUUUCUGGAAGCCUAAGAAGACAAAUUGUACCUACCUAAUGUCUCUCAAUUUGUUGUUACAAAUAAAUAAAAAUAAUAAACAUACAUUUAUUGUUUACCUUA